AUGGCAUUGCUAGGCAUUUUUGAAGUUAUUUUAGCUUUCAUUUGCUUAGCAAUAGGCACUUAUUUGAGCAAUCGUCAUGAAAUUUUAUGGAAUUGGCCGUUUCUGGGUAUGCUACCUUCUCUGUUGGCCAAUGCCCACCGAUUUCAUGAUUGGAGCAUGCAAAUUUUAGAGAGAAGCAACGGCACAUACCAUUUUAAAGGUCCAUGGUUUAUCAACAUGGAUAUGAUAGGAACUGUUGAUCCUGCCAAUGUCAAGCACAUGAUGAGUACCAAUUCCUCCAAUUAUCCUAAAGGCUCCGAAUUCAAAGAAAUAUUUGGAGAUAUAUUUGGAGAUGGCCUUUUCAAUUCUGAUUUUGAUCAGUGGAAGAAUCAAAGAAAAGUUGCUGUCGCUUUGAUCAAUCGUCAACGCUUUCAAAAAUUUCUCUUCCAUACUAUAAAUGUUACGGUAGAAAAUGCCCUAAUCCCGGUUCUUGAACAUUGUUGCGAGCAAGGCGGAAUAGUGGACAUGCAAGAUAUAGCUCACAGGUUUACGUUUGAUGUUACAGUGAAGGUGAUUACAGGUCAUAAUCCAAAGACUCUAGCCAUCGAAUUACCUAAAAACGAGUUUACAUAUGCUUUAGAUCAUGCAGAAGAAGCCAUAUUCUAUCGGCAUGUAAGACCAAAAAUAUUAUGGAGGUUGCAGAAAUGGCUAGGGUUUGGAUUGGAAAACAAAAUGAAAAUAGCUAGGGUAGAAAUCGAUCGUAUAGCAGCCGCCUACGUUGCAAGGAAAAGAGAACAACUCAUCAAAGGGGGAGAUGAAGAUGUUGAUCUUCUGGCAUCCUAUUUAACCUCACAUUACAACGAUGAAAAAUUAAUGGAAGGAUGGAAAUCCAAGGAAGAAUUUUUGAGAGACACGCUCGUAAAUUUUUUGAUUGCAGGACGAGAGAACUCUUUGGGUUGGUUCUUUUGGCUAAUAGCGAAAAAUCCAGUCGCAGAGGCCAAGAUUAGAGAAGAGUUGAACAGAUUAUUGCCAAAAAGAAGUGAUGAAAUACAAGUGUUUGAGUUGGAAGAGGUGAGCAAGUUGGUGUAUUUGCAUGGAGCAAUAUGCGAAACACUAAGGCUUUAUCCACCAGUUAUGUAUGAACAUAAGAAACCUCUACAACCAGACAUUCUUCCGAGCGGACACUAUGUUGAUCCGAAGAUGGAAAUUGUUUUGUCGAGUUACGCGAUGGGGAGAAUGAAAUCAAUAUGGGGAGAAGAUUGUUUAGAAUUCAAUCCAGAGAGAUGGAUAUCAAAGGAAGAUGGAAGGCUGAUUCAACACUCACCAUACUUCAUAUCAAGCAUGGUCUUAUGA